GCUAUGAUUGGCCUGGCUCGGCUCUCGCCACGCCCCUUCUGCGCUCGGAUUGGUUCCGUGUUGGGUGCCCGCCCCCUCGCCGCCAGCCAUGGCGACGCAGCUCCGGCUCCGCUCUGCGCUGGCCCUGGUCACAGGUGCGGGUAGCGGCAUCGGCCGAGCAGUCUGCGUGCGCCUGGCCCGAGAGGGGGCCUCUGUGGCUGCUUGCGACUUGGACGGGGCAGCGGCACGGGAGACGGUGGGGCUGCUGGGCGGGCCAGGGAAUGUGGAGGGGGUGCCCCGCGGGGCCCACGCUGCUUUCCAGGUUGACGUGUCUGAGGCCGUGGCCGCUAGACAACUGUUGGAACAAGUGCAGGCCUGCUUUUCUCGCCCGCCAUCUGUCGUCGUGUCCUGUGCGGGCGUUACCAGGGAUGGGUUUCUGCUUCACAUGUCUGAGAAUGACUGGGACAAAGUCAUAGCCGUCAACCUCAAGGGCAUCUUUCUAGUCACUCAGGCUGCAGCCCAAGCCCUGGUGUCCAAUGGUGGUCGUGGCUCCAUCAUCAACAUCAGUAGCAUCGUAGGCAAGGUGGGGAACAUGGGACAGAUAAACUAUGCAGCAUCCAAGGCUGGAGUAAUUGGGCUGACCCAGACUGCAGCCCUGGAGCUUGGACGGUUGGUCAGACACCUGGGGGUUCAGGGGGCUUUGCUGAGACAUGGGAUCCGCUGUAACUCUGUCCUCCCGGGGUUCAUUACAACACCCAUGACGCAGAAAGUGCCACAGAAAGUGCUGGACAAGGUGACUGGAAAGAUCCCAAUGGGACAUUUGGGGGACCCUGAGGAUGUGGCAGAUGUGGUCGCAUUCUUGGCAUCUGAUGACAGCAGAUACAUCACGGGUGCCUCAGUGGAAGUCACUGGAGGUCUUUUCAUGUAACUGCCUCAAGGACCCUGGAUCUGCUCACUCCCCAUCACUCGGCCCGGCCUCCUGCUGAUGAGGACUCUGAAUUCCCAGGCUACAAAAGGGGUGGCAGUGUAUGGCUCAGGAAUGCUGAAUAUGGGAGGCAGGGGUGCUUGUGACCCCAAUAAAUUCCAAAUCCUCUU